AUGAUCAUGAAAGGAUCCCAGUACUGCAAGGACUCGGUCUCGGCCAUCAAAGCCUACCAACGGAAAGCCGAGACAACUGUGAAGUAUCCCCCACGGUCUCCGACUCGAGACGGGCAUAACGCCUCGAUCACGUUCACGGAAGAAGAGGCUUGCGGAAUCGACCAGCCUCACUGCGACCCCUUGGUCAUUGAUCUCGUAAUAAGAGAUCUCGAAGUCACAAGAAUACUUAUCGAUACCGGAAGCACGGUAAAACUAAUCUUCCGCGUUACCGUAAGAAGGAUGGGCGUUAAACUCGGAGAAGUCACUCCGGUACCAAAACCGCUCACGGGUUUCUCCGGACAAACGUCCAUGACCCUGGGAUCCAUCCAACUACCCGUCAUAGCAAAAAACGUCACCAAGAUAGGUGACUUUGCGGUGGUAGAUAGCCCGGCUAUUUACAACGCGGUUAUGGGAACACCAUGGCUAAACGCCAUGAAGGCCGUUCUCUCGACUUAUUACUUGGGCGUUAAAUUCCCAACCAGGACUAGAAUCGCCGCAAUCUGGGAUAAGGCAGAUAACGACGACCUCCACUUUAAACGCAAGCGAACCCAACCUUCCGCCGAAGAUGCCCCGACAAAGGGCACAUCGAUGCCUUCUGCAGAAGCAGAUUCAGAGAUCGGAACCGUCCCCGACUCCAAAGACAACAUCACAACUCAACGGGAAGAGAAAAAUCCCGAGGAAAACGUCGACCCCGCGACUAAAGUGGUCGACAAAAAACUAGCCGACGAGUAA